AUGAAGCUCUCCGGCAUCAUCUUCGCAAUGGGCAUCACCGGCCUCGUCGCUGGUAACCCGCUUCCCCAGGAGGAUGAGGAGCCCAAGUUUCCCAAGCCCAGCUUCUCCAAGCCAGCUCUUCCUAGCUUCUCCAAGCCUGCCCUGCCCAGCUUCUCCAAGCCCGCUGUGCCCUCUUUCUCCAAGCCGGCCGUGCCUAGCUUUUCCAAGCCUGCUGCACCUAGCUACUCCAAGCCGAGCGCCGGUUUCCCUAAGCCGAGCAAGCCGCCAAAAUCUUUCACCCUCUCGGUCAAGCCCACUCCUCCGGCUACGCCCUCUUAUACCCCCAAACCCAAGCCUUCCUACACCAAGAAGCCCACGCCCUCCUUCUCCAAGCCCCCGAAGCCCACUCCUACCGAUGAUGGGGAUGAUGACGAUGAUGAUGAUGACGAUGACGAGUAG